AUAUAAGAGUUCAUGAUCUAUGAAGUCUUGUAACCAGAAUCCCUGGUCUACCGCCUUAAGGCCUUAUUAAGAAGAUCUGUUUUGUACUAGAAGACCUUGCGACAGAACCUUUGCUCUUCUGUCGCAACUCUUCUAUACCUUCCUUGAAGUCAGUCCGCUCUUUAGAUAAGGCUGGGUAGCUUAGACCGACUCUUCUAUGUCGGCGAUUUGUUAAAUGAAAGGGCUUAAAUAAGAAGAAUCAGAGGGACAGAUGGAACCGAAGAGGGAGGAAAAGGAAAGUUGAAUUAGGAAUGAGGCUCUGAAUUUGGUGCCAUAUAAAUCUCAUCACCAAAAUAUCGAUAGCCCUUUGUUUCUCAACACUGAAGCUGUGGCCUCAGAAAAGGAGACCCAGAUGGAGAUCCUGAAACGCCUCAUUGAGGCCUGGUCAUAUGACGUCAUUGCUAGCAUUUACAACAAUGGCAACAAAAACACGCUCUGUGUUACUUCAAAUACUCAUAUUUUACUUUCUUCUCUCACUGUGUCAAUGGCUAUGGCGGCUGGCAACGCCCUCGAUGAGACUAUGGGUUUAGGCCUAACAGAUUCAGAUAACAACUGUGGAAUUGGAACUAGUGGCAGAGGACUAAUUAAAGAAGAUGGGAAUAAUGUUGGGCUGUUGGAGAACUUGGAGUCGGUGUUGCCGAUGUUUUCAGGGCACAACAGAGAGCGAGAGAUGUCAACUCUGACCCAUGUGGUGUCUGGUGAUCAGGUGGGUGAAGAUUUUGCUAGACACGUUCAAGAGGAGGAGUAUAUAGGUGGCGGUGGUGGUGGUGGUGGUGGUAAUAAUAAUAAUGAUUGUAUGUGGGGUGUUGGAGGAAAGAGAAGACGCAUAGAGGAUGAUAUUGGGCAUUUAUCCGAAUCAGUUUCAAGACCAUAUUAUCAUCCAAAUGCUGACUUUUCAGCAGGAGGCUCAUCUUCUAACUUCAAAGUUACAGAAAGUUCAAGCAUUAGGACAAGAAAAACACCAACAACAGAGUUUGCAUAUACAUACACUCCCACAUAUGACAAUCUUGGAGAGCCGAGGAGGAAAUACAGAGGAGUGAGACAGAGGCCAUCGGGCAAGUGGGUAGCUGAAAUUUACAAUGCUGCCAAGGUUUAGUUAGGCACAUUUGACACUGCCGAAGAAGCUGCAAGAGCCUAUGAUGAAGCAGCUCUCAACUUCAGAGGCGACAAGGCCAAACUCAACUUCCCCCAAAACGUCAGACUCCGUCCACCACCGGGAGAUUCUCCGGCCACCCAGUUGACCAUUUCGGAUUCUCCACAUACGCUUUUAUCAGUUUCAAUAUCAUCAGAACCGAUAGUACAUUCUUGUUAACAUAAUAAUAUCAUAUAUAAUAUAACUGUUGUACUGUGAUUGUAUCAUAUAUAUUAUAGUUGUUGUCCCGUGCUUGUAGCCGUUAUUCACUUGUUCACUAGCCUAUGUAUAUUUCUCUAUUUGUAUAUAAUUAAGAUAUAUCAACAAUCAGAACCUA